AUGAUCAUGAUGAGAUCAUCACCAAGCCAAGAUCAUAGUAAUAGCAGAGCUCCAAAGGGGCACUUUGUUGUGUAUGUUGGUAAUGAAAUGAAGAGAUUUGUGAUUCCAACUUCAUACUUGAAACAUCCACAUUUUCAACAACUGUUAGACAAAGCUGCAGAAGAGUAUGGGUUUCAUAAUACAAAGGGAAUUGUUUUACCUUGCGAUGAAGCAACUUUUGGAAGACUUGUUUCUUUUCUGGCCAAGUAUAUGUAA